CUUGGAAUAAAAUUGCCAGCCCUAGUACGUUCUCUCUCUCUCUCUCUCCUCUCUACAGCUCCUUCCAGGCUUUCCACUAGCGAGAAGAAGAUUGGCGAUUUCGAGCGAUUUCGAGUGGAAAAGUGAAGCGGACGAUCAAAUCCCCGACAUUGCGUUGUCAAAAUCCGACCUUUCUUGAUUUAUACUGCCUUUCUACUGUUUUUCUCUUCUCCGAUUCGACUUCUGUGGUUUGCCGGUACCGAAAAUCGGGAGAUCCAAGACCUCUUGUUUUCCACCUAGUGGAUGUGAGAUAUCAAGCCUUUCCCGCAAGAUGGCGUCGUCAGACGCCUCCGUGAAGCUUGCCGGCAGCGGAAAUGGCGGAAAGGACAGCAUUUCGUCUUCCUGCAGUGACCUCUCCGGCCAGCCGCCCGCCGUAAAAGAGAUGGAGGACGAACUCUACAACGAGCUCUGGUAUGCUUGCGCCGGUCCUCUGGUAACUGUUCCUCGUACGGGGGAGCUGGUGUUCUAUUUCCCGCAGGGUCACAUCGAGCAGAUGGAGGCUUCUACGAAUCAGAUGGUUGAACAGCAGAUGCCUAUCUACGACCUCCCGUCCAAGAUCCUUUGCCGCGUGGUUAAUGUCGAUUUGAAGGCUGAGCGGGAUACUGAUGAGGUUUUUGCUCAGAUAACUCUAUUUCCUGAGCCCAAUCAAGAUGAAAAAGCUGUGGAUAAGGAGCCAUUGCCGCUGCCUCCUCCAAGAUCUAAUGUCCAUUCAUUUUGCAAGACUCUUACUGCUUCGGAUACCAGUACGCAUGGGGGUUUCUCUGUAUUAAGACGCCAUGCUGAUGAGUGUCUUCCUCCCCUGGAUAUGAACGGACAGCCUCCAAGCCAGGAGCUUGUGGCCUAUGAUUUGCAUGGGGUUGAGUGGCGUUUCCGCCAUAUUUUUCGCGGCCAACCGAAAAGACAUCUGCUACAGAGUGGUUGGAGCGUCUUUGUUAGUUCUAAAGGGCUUGUUGCUGGUGAUGCUUUUAUUUUCCUGAGAGGCGAAAAUGGAGAACUUCGGGUGGGAGUGAGAAGAGCAAUGAGGCAACAGACCAAUAUUUCAUCCUCAGUCAUCUCUAGCCAUAGUAUGCAUCUUGGGGUCCUUGCAACUGCCUGGCAUGCUGUUACUACUGGAGCAAUGUUUACUGUUUACUACAAACCAAGGACAAGCCCUUGUAAUUUCAUCAUUCCUUUUGAUCAAUAUAUGGAUUCUCUCAAAAAAGAACAUUCAAUUGGAAUGAGGUUCAGGAUGAAGUUUGAAGGAGAAGAGGCCCCAGAGCAGAGGUGCACUGGUACCAUAGUUGGCAUAGGAAGCUUGGAUUCCAGCAAUUGGACUGGAUCAAAAUGGAGAUGCCUAAAGGUGCGAUGGGAUGAAACUUCUUCUGUUACUCGUCCUGAGAGAGUUUCCCCCUGGCAGAUAGAGCCUGGUGUGAGUCCUCCUCCAGUUAGGCCCUUACCAUCAUCUAAACCCAAGAGACCUCGAGCGAAUGCCAUGCCGCCUUCUACAGAUUCGUCAGUUCUCACAAAAGAGGGUGGGGCGUUUAAGGCCAAUGCAGAGCCUUCACAAACAUAUGGGAUUGCAAAGAAAAUGGAAGGAAACGAUGCUGUGAAUCUUAGGAACAAUUCCUCUGGUUCAAAAAUCAGUUUUGAGCCUUCAUCUCAUGAAAAUGAGAGAAAUCAGGGUUCUGUUCAGAUGCUAACAGGAUGUCAAGAGUCCGACGAUUUGAGUUGUUAUGGUAUGCCGUACUUUGGACAUUGUUUUGAUGAUUUGACUUCUCCCAAGAACUAUUUUCCCAAUCAAGAAGGUGAAUUUAACCUGCUUUCGAACCAGUUCUCUUUGAUCCCUUCUCAUUCAUACUUGAAUUUGGAAGCAAAUAUGGCAACACAGACCACUGAGCUCUGCUGUCAUGGCCAUAAAAAUGAUCAAUUUUGUGGGAUUGGAGGACACACAUCAAGCUGGUUGACACAUUCAUUACCGACUUCUGGAGCAGGAAAUUCAACACACACAAUUUUUUCAAGUUUACAGUCAUUCAAUGCAGACCAUAACGAAGUUUCAAAGCCCAAAGAAAAUGGAAAUUACAAGCUCUUUGGUUUUGAUCUCAAUGAUAACCCUAUGGAUUCAAAUCCUAUCAUGCCUCAUGUGAACACCUGUGAAGAGGCAGGGUUGUUUAGUGAAAUAACGGCUAGAUUGCCUUAUCCACAUGUUCUUGACGCCGGCCCCGCCGAGCUUCCUGGGCACUCUAAAGUUAGAAAAUCCAUGGACUCUGCCUCUUCUCUUGCUGUGCGUGAGAAAUGUCUUCAAUCUUGUCCACAAUCCGCUAUAGACGUGCAAAAGAAGCUUGCAACUGGAUCAAUGAGAAGCUGCACUAAGGUUCAUAAACAAGGAAUGGCACUUGGGAGAUCAGUAGAUCUUACAAGGUUUACUGACUAUAAUGAGCUCUUUGCAGAGCUAGAUAAGAUGUUUGGUUUUGGAGGUGAAUUGAUGGUUUCCAAUCAAAACUGGAUGAUUGUUUAUACUGACAAUGAGGGUGAUAUAAUGCUUGUUGGAGAUGAUCCUUGGCAGGAGUUCUGUAACAUUGUUCGCAAGAUUUAUAUAUACACUAAAGAAGAGGUUCAGAAGAUGAAUCCUGGAACCUUCAAUCCUCGAGUUGAAGACUUAUCUGCAUCAAGCUCUGGAUUUAAGAAUCAGGAGAACAGAUGAAAACCAAUCUCCUUGGUCUUCAAUCCUGAUCAGCUCCAGCUUAAGGGUGAAGCUCAUUGAUCAUUGCAACAACGGCUCUCUUGUCUUUGCAGGUCUUCAUUGCUUUCAAACUCACCUUUUAAAUGUUAGUCAUGCUUCGUUAUUUUUUUUUUGUUCCUUCUUCACACAAAGCCUCCUUAUUCAGCUAACUUCUUAGAGGUAUAUAAGUGUUUGUGAUUGCAAGGCUAUGAACCUGGUUGUAUUUCUGCUGGCAACUUUGUAAAUAGCUUAUAUCAGUGUCAAUACAUGAUAUAAUACUAGUCUUUUAAGAUGUCUACUA